UCUUAUCCAGGGACUCUGAUUAUGACAUGCAGGUAACGUUCUUUGGACAAUUUUCGAUUUGGGAGGUUGAAGAAAACGUUUUUCCAUACAACCUAUGGACUGAUGAAUGCAAGUUCACGUCUAAUGAAAUA